CGACCAUCAGCAACUUACCCUGCUGCUCUGACCCCAUUGCAUUUCCUCCUCUGCGAGCGGUAACCCACACGCAUCAGAGUGAGGAGCUUCCAGGAACCCUGAAAAAAAGAAAGACCAAGAACAAGUCAGGGGACCAAGGAGGGCCAGGGCCUGCAAACCAACUCCCCAGAAAUCCCCAAGUGAGAAUUGUGUUAGUGGGGAAAACUGGAGCAGGAAAAAGUGCCACAGGGAACAGCAUCCUGGGAGAGAAGGCGUUUAACUCGGGCAUUUCAGCCAAGUCCAUCACCAAGGUCUGUGAGAAGAGGACGUGCGUGUGGAAAGGAAAAGAAAUCGUUGUGGUGGACACCCCCGGCGUGUUCGACACGGAGGUGCGGGAUGCUGACACGCACAGGGAGAUCGCCCGCUGCGUGCUCCUCACGGCCCCGGGACCUCAUGCGGUGAUUCUGGUGGUUCCCCUGGGCCGUUACACUGAGGAAGAGCACAAGGCCACAGAAAAGGUCCUGACAAUGUUUGGAGAAAGGGCUAGAAGCUUCAUGAUCCUCCUGUUCACCCGGAAAGAUGACUUGGGUGACACUGAUUUUAGUGAUUACUUAAAGGAAGCGCCAGAAAGCAUUCUAACGCUGAUCCACCAGUUUGAUGGUCAAUACUGUGUAUUUAACAACAGGGCAUCGGGGUCUGAACAGGAGGCCCAGAGGGCGGAGCUGCUGGCCCUGGUGGAGCAGGUCAUGAGGGACAAUGGCGGAGGGUGCUUCACCAAUAAGAUGUACCAAAAGGCUGAGGAGGAGAUUCAGAAGCAAAUCCAGAUAAUCCAAGGAAAGUACCGACGGCAGCUAGAGAGAGAGAAAGCACAGAUAAGACAGGAGUUUGAUGAGCAAAUCAGGAAUCUGAAAGAUGAACUGGAGCGGGAAAGGAGAAAGGCACAAAUGCAGAGGGAUUUGUCAGAUAAAGAAACUUUCUAUAACCACAGACAGAAAAAUGCUAGAGAAGAAGUUCAGGAUCAGAAGUGGAUCCUUGAAUUAAUCCUACAAAUAUGCUCUAUGGCUCGCGCUGCCUUCCAGUUAUUUAAGGAGACUUAAUGAUAGUUUUGUCUAUAUUUUCUGCAUUGUCUGUGAAGACCCUGUCCCCUAGGACUGGUGGGACAAAGUCUGAAUAUCUGAUUGAUUUAGCAAUAUUGAUGCAUCUUAACCAUGAAUUCUUUCUCAGAAACACAGGAAAAGGUAUACAAGAAGCCACAAAGAUGACUCCAAGCCAGUAGUUCUCUAGAUUUUAGGCAGACUGUCACUGUCUGCAGCUUCUACUCAGGUUUGUUGUGGUUUUUUUUUUCUUUCUUUAGGACAAGAGUGAUCUUUCUUACAUAUAUGGUUUGUUAGAUAGUUAAGUUCUUCCCAUUAGCCAAUCUUAAAGGUGGAAAAAGCUGUAGAAUCUUUUCUUAACCAAUGUCAAAUUGUUUGCUGACAUAGUCCCAGACGGACUCAAAUUGUUUCUUCUUGUCAGCCCUCAGAAGAAUGAAGAAUUCUCUGGAAAACAGAUCUUUGAGCUCAAUUGUGCUAUGAGCCAGAAGGAAGAAAAGACAGCAGUUCAAGAGCUAAGGCUGAGCAAUUGGUUUGUUCAAAUGGGUCUGUGGAAACUUCCUGUCCAACAUCAGUUUAACCAGUUUGAAGAACAAUCAAUUUGCUCCUUUUCUUUAGAAACAAGCUAAGUGCUACAAUCCUAUGCUUUAUAACUCCGCUCUUGAGUACUUAGUGCUGACUGGGUUGUCUGCACACUUUGACCCUGAUACAGUUGUGUUGUUUAUUGCUAUUAUAAUAAAAAAAAUUUAGAAUUCUCACAUACUUAUGCAGAAUAGCGGUUCAUUGUGUAUUGGAAUAUGCCAUAUUAUCUGUAUUAAUUCAGAGUUUCACUUUUUGGCAAUCAUGUCCAUAUUUCUGUUAAUGGGCUUUAUUAUGUUUAUUGAUUUACCUAUGUUGAACUAGCCUUGCACACCUGGAAUGAAAGUAACUUGAGCACGGUGUAUGAUUUUGUUUUAUUAGUUGUUGAAUUCUGUUGACAGUAUUUCAUUGAAGAGUUUUCUGUCUGCAUUCAUUAAAGAUUCAUUAAAGUUGA